AUGUGUCCUCACCACGUACUGCUGAUGAUUUUACUCACUUCUCUGAUUAAAGAAAAGGUCAUCCUUGGAGUAAAGGGUCAAGAACUGGUUCAUCCUAAAAGACUUCCUCUGGUCCAGAAGCGAGAUCUUGGACACAUCCAUGAUUUUAAUGCACAGGAAAUAUAUGAAGAAGAAAUACUAUAUGAAAUAAAUCUAAGUGGGAAAACCCUAAUCCUUCACCUGCUACGAUCAAGGGACCUUCUGGCUUCGAAUUACAGUGAAACAUACUAUAACGUGAAAGGAGAAGUGCUUACCAGACACCCUCAGAUUAUGGAUCACUGUUUUUAUCAAGGUUCUAUCGUACAUGAAUAUGACUCUGCAGCCAGUAUCAGCACAUGCAAUGGCCUCAGGGGAUUCUUCAGAGUAAACGAUCAAAGGUAUCUCAUUGAACCAUUGAAAUACUCGGAUGGGAGACAGCAUUUGGUGUUCAAAUAUGCCACCAGGAUGCUGUAUACUGCCAAUCAUUCUUGUGAAGAGCUCAAUUUCACCAAGGAAAUUGUUCCACAAGAGGAAAAUGAUAAGGAAGACCAAAAAGCAGAAAGUGCCCACAAGGAGAGCUAUGUUGAACUGUUCGUUGUUGCUGAUGAUUAUGUGUUCCGCAGGAACAGCAAACCUCACAGUAAAAUAAGGAAGCGAAUUUGGGGAAUGGUCAACUUUGUCAACAUGGUUUACAAAACCUUGAAUAUUCACGUGACAUUGGUUGGCAUUGAAGUAUGGACCAAUGGAGACCAAAUAGAAGUGGAUCCAAAUAUAGAAACUACCUUAUCACAUUUUUCAACUUGGCAAGAAACAGUCCUUAAGAAAAGAAAGCAUUAUGACCAUGUCCUGUUACUGAGUGGGAAGUGGCUUCAAACACAUGCUCAAGGAAUUUCCUACCCAGCCGGGAUGUGCCUGCCCCAUUAUUCCUGCAGUGUCGUUAAGGAUCUGCUACCUGACAUCAACAUCGUAGCAAACAGAAUGGCACACCAGCUGGGACACAACCUGGGCCUGCAACACAAUGACAGCUCCUGCUCCUGUCCCCUGGGGGCAUGCGUGAUGGACGGAGGGGGAAGCAUUCCUGCACUAAAAUUCAGCAAAUGCAGCCAAGCCCAGUACCAGCAGUACCUGAAGAACGCCAAGCCAACAUGCAUGCUCAACAUCCCAUUUCCUGACAGUUUUAAUGACUUACCGUCUUGUGGAGACAAGAAAGUGGACGAGGGCGAGGAGUGUGACUGUGGCUCUGUCCAGGAGUGCGCUAAUCCUUGCUGUGAUGCGCACAGGUGUCUCCUGAAGCCAGGAUUUGAUUGUGCGCAAGGGGAGUGCUGUGAAUCUUGUCAUAUAAAGAAAGAAGGAUCUCCAUGCAGACCAGCAAAAGAUGAAUGUGACCUUCCUGAAGUUUGUUCUGGCCACUCACCUGAAUGUCCUCCAGAUCAGUUCCAACCCAGUGGGACCCCAUGCAAGAAUGCAGAAGGCUACUGCUCCCUGGGGAAAUGCCCCACUCGGGACCAGCAGUGCCAUGCAUUGUUUAGUGGUGGAGCAAAAGAGAGUCACGAUGCCUGCUACAAGAUGAAUAAAAAAGGAAACAAAUUUGGCUACUGCAAAAACAAGGAAAAUGGAUUUGCUCCUUGUGAAGAGAAAGAUGUGAAAUGUGGGAAGCUCUUCUGUACUGGAAGACAGCUCUCCCCUCUCCAUGGAGAAGACAAGACGUACUAUCUUAAGCUUCCACAACCCAAUGCUACCUGCCAGUGCAGGACCGUGUUUUUCUACCACAAUGCUGAAGAUGUGGGCCUGGUGGAUUCUGGAACAAAAUGUGGAGAUGGAAUGGUGUGCAGCAAUGGGGAAUGUGUAAGCCUGCAGAAGGCCUACAAUUCAACAAGCUGCUCUUCUCAAUGUGAUGAAAAUUCAAUGGAUGGCCGUGAGCCUCAAUGCCAGUGUGCAGAAGAACAGACUCUUACAGACUGGGGAGAAUCCUUCAACCUGAGCAGCAUUUCCGUCGUGGUGAUUGUGAUUGCUGGGCUUAUUGCUGGUGUGGCAACCAUCACAUUAUUAAUUCGCUACCAAAAGUGCAUUAAGUUGAAGCAAGUUCAGAGUUCUCCUAGGGAAACACAAGGGGUGGAAAAUAAAGGCUACAUCGCUGAGGAUCAACCAGGGACAGAGCCCGUGUUGACAGAUAUUCACCCCUUACACAGAGCUUCAGAGUCCUUGGAGAGUCUUCCAUCCGGCUUCCCAAGCCCUCACUACAUCACGCUGAAAUCCGCCAGCAAAGAUCCAAGAGGAGUUACAGAUCCCAAUCAAAGUGCUAAAGUGGACAGAGAAGAAGAUAGGAUUCCUGAUACUCCCCAGCAGCCGUGGGCCAGGGGAGGAAAGCAGUGGAGAGGCACAGCCUUCCUCGUUCUUUCAUACAGAAAACACGGAUUAGCUAACACAGGAGCUGUCCCAAGGCACAGAGAAGCGAUCCAGGAGCUUCGAGACAGCUUCGAGCUGAGAGCAGUCAGCGCAAAGCAUGCUCCCUGCCCUGUCCUCGUGAUUUUCUCAGCGAGUGAUAUUUCUGAUAAACGGGAGACUGGUGACUAA